AUGGAACAAGAUGAGAAGGAAAGUACAAGCAAAUCAAAAGACAAUAUACUUGAUGAAAAACACUAUCAUGUACCUGACGAUGACUUUCAACGUGAGAAUCCUGAAGAAGACGUGAAAACUGAAAAUAAUGAGGAAAACAUAAGUGAGAUUUUAGACACUAUAGGCAAGAAGAAAAGAAGGAAAAAGAUUAAAUCUUCUCCAUUUCAUGAUGAAUUAUCUAACAAAGCGUGUUGUGAGAAUUAUGCUUAUAAUGAGUCAAAUGAAAUAAUGGAACAAGAUGAAAAUGAAAGUACAAGCAAAUCAAAAGACACUUUACUUGAUGAGAGACACUAUCAUGUACCUGACGAUGACUUUCAACGUGAGAAUCCUGAAAAAGACGUGAAAACUGAAAAUAAUGAGGAAAUCAUAAGUGAGAAUUUAGACACUAUAGGCAAGAAGAAAAAAAGGAAAAAGAUUAAAUCUUGUCCAUAUCAUGAUGAAUUAUCUAACAAAGCGUGUAGUGAAAAUUAUGCUUAUAAUGAGUCAAAUGAAAUAAUGGAACAAGAUGAAAAUGAAAGUACAAGCAAAUCAAAAGACAUUUAA